AUCUCCUAUGGACCUUGUAACAACAUCUCAAAGAGUGAGAAUGAUAAUGAAAGAAAGUAACGAAACAAUAGUUAAACAAGGGGAAACACGAAAUAAGACGAGAAAAAUAACAUUUUCUUUAGAUUUUAAGCUUUCACGAUGGUUGAUGGACGUUAUCCUUCUGGUUUUUUGGCAUCAAUCGCGUUGUGCCUUCGGAUGCCGGCUUCCGCAACGUCCACGAAAUGUUCGCGCAAAAGCGUAGCGCCUAACACGACUGAUCCCGAAAAGCCAAAAGCACGAUAGUUUGUCGUCGAAAGGGGAAAUAAUUUCGAACCUAGAGGUGCAUAAUCGUUUCGAAGAUAUCGACUUCCGGUUUUCGACGAUACACCCGCUCGAUGUCUACCGAUUAGCUGUUGCCAAGGUGAAUUUAUCGAUGUUACUUCGAGUAAGCGAACAAUGAAAAACGUUAUCGUCGUUGUCUGUUCGUUGUAUGAGUGGUGCGUGACGUGACAAUACUGCCAUCUCUCUUCGGCUGAUAGGGAUACGAUUAGGUGGUCGCGACGCUUUUUGAGCAAAGGCAACGGAAAUGAGAAACCAGGCGAAUUCUUGGACUCGGCCACGCGUCUUUUCUGCGCUAUAUUUUAAUGUAAGACUACCUGUCAUCCAGAUGGAAACGAAUGGCUCUAAUCCCGAGGGAUUAUUGUACUUCGGUGAUAAUAAAGAAGCGACACUUCAAAUCCUCCAUGUGUCUUUUCAUUCGUAUUUUUUUCGUAUUUUUAAUAUAGUCAUCUCUGUCGUUGUCGUUUUCGUUGUAUUCUUUAGUGUCAGUAACCUUUUAUUCUGUUUCGAUGGCAAUAAAGUAGCGAUGUGCAAAAGUUUCACACGUGUCUCUUCCUUCGAACUUUCCGUUUUUCCCCAACUUCCAAAUUACUCCUCCUAUUCGUUGCUCCUUUACGUUGUGCUAUCUAUCGUUCGAUCUUUUAUUGCACUUUGAUGACGAUGGAGCAGCGGCAUUCAAAAUCCGCCGCGUCUUCUCUCAUUCACGUUUCCCGCUAUUUGACAUUUGUUCUCCUCAAAACUUUUCCUUCGAUCGUCGUUUCGUCGUAUCUUUCGUUCCACCUCGACGAUGAUAAACAUACUACAAUAUCGAGAAUUCUUCGUGCAAUUUGUCUUUUCUCUUCUUGUUCCUUGUUAUUCCCUUGCAUCUUUUACCAUCAACAAGUACCAAGUUCGUGGUUUCUACUGGAUAUUUUAUAGGCAUGAAGACAAAGAGGUAUCCAGGUUCGUAAAUUUGUUUUCAGGAUAAAGGGUUACAAAUUAUGCAUCUCCAUAAACGAGAAGAAGGUCGCGUCUCGAUAAUCCUAGAAGUAAAAAGCUCUUCGUUUAUAAACUAUCCGGCAUACGUCAGUUCGUAACAAUAACUUUCAUAUAUUUAGAUUCUCAUAGUUUUUAAAUGGAUUUGAACAAUAUGGUUCCAACUACGUACCACGGCAAGGUAUAACACGUUUUAAGUUAAAAAUCGUAAAAGAAAUAAAUUCUGACAUUUGCGUAUCUUUCUUUAUCUGAUACUCCUUUAGCUAUUUUUAAUUUGCCAAAAAAUCAAUUUCACAGUUUCUUCGUAGAAAUUCUACAUCUGUAUGUAUCCCCGUACGCUGGAAAUUCAUUUGAAACUUCCAACAUAUUUGUCGAAGGUCUACAAGUUCUAAACUCGUUAUUAUCUCCUGGAAUCGAUGCGAUCUCGAGAUCGAUUUUAACGAGAGCCCUGAACUUUUCGGCUUCGGUAACGAAUGCACACGGUCCAAGUCGGAUCUCGAGACCUGUACUUUUUCCAUGUUAAUAUCGUCGUAAAUCUUAUUGGGACGCUUGGUUGAUAAAUAACGGCAGCCAGACGCAUGCGUCCAUGAGCAUCGAUUAUUUUGAUUGGUGCCAGAUAUUACCAGGCUCCAGUCGUGGCAGUUUGCCACGAGUCAAAACGAAUGUCGAAUUCUUGUAACCUCGAAAGCUCGGAUAAACGAUAACAAACGAUAUUCCGUCAAAUUUUGAAGAAAAAUGUUUCGCGCAUCCUUCGAAAUUGCACCGCGAAACGUGACCGAGUGAUAACGUCGAACACGAUCGAGGAAAAAUUUUAAGUUUACCGUGGUCAGGAGAUUCGAAUUGGAAUUUUUGCCCACCACUGACAUGCGUGAACAGAGUCGUUUGAAAAUUUAUGUGCUAAUACGUGGAACCUUUUAAUGGGAACGUGUACCGAUUGCUUGACCACGGGAGAUAUUUCGGUGGAAAAUUAAUGGUAUCGUCGAAAGUUUUCAUUUUCAGAGUUUCCUUUAAGGCAGAAACUAACGGCUUUUGCGAAAAAUUGAUCAAACUCGCUGAUGAACGAAGAAAAGUAUGACUACCAUAAAGCCAACCACCUGCAAAGAAGCUAUUCGACUUUGGGAGGAAGAGAACAAGCAGGAAGCUUCCACCGCGAAGGAGGUAAUUCUGAGCUUCCAAUGGCCUCCCAUAGAAAAAAUGGACAACGCUUUAGCGGUUUUGAUCAAUUGCGAGAAGCUCUCGCUCUCGACGAACAUGAUCGAGAAGAUUGCGGGAAUCGGAACACUGAAGAACCUAAGGAUCCUCUCGUUAGGACGUAACUUGAUAAAAGGAUUCGCUGGCUUAGAAGCAUUAGGCGACACUCUGGAGGAACUUUGGAUUUCGUACAAUUUGAUCGAGAAAAUGAAGGGAAUCAACGCGAUGAGGAAUCUGCGUGUUGUCUACAUGUCGAAUAAUUUGGUUAGGGAGUGGACCGAAUUUAACAAACUUCAGGAACUUACCAAUCUUCAGGAUCUCGUAUUCGUUGGAAAUCCAUUGUACGAGAGCUUAGAGGUGGAGAACUGGAGAUUGGAAGUCGCCAGACGUUUACCGACGUUGGAAAAAUUAGACGGUGAAUUAAUUAUACGGGCAGAAGAAUGCGCGAACGUGUCGCAAAAGCUUGAUAGUCCUCUGCAAACUCAGAAAUCAGUCGAGUAAAAUACCGUACAAUGAUGUGUUGACACGUUUGUAGAUCCUUUUUAAUUGUACUUUUCAUUUUUUGCAGUUUCUGAUUGAUAAUUUACUAAGACGCUUUAUUUGUAUAAUCUUUACUAUAUAUGUGUA